CGGUCGGUGUCAUCAUGGAGCCUUCACUCAAAAAUGUGAUUGAUCAGACUUCUUUAAAGUGGAUUUUUGUAGGCGGCAAAGGUGGUGUGGGAAAAACAACGUGCAGUUGCAGUCUGGCCAUCCAGCUAUCAAAGGUUCGUGAAACAGUCCUAAUCAUUUCGACGGACCCAGCGCACAACAUAUCCGAUGCUUUUGAUCAAAAGUUCACCAAAGUGCCCACCAAAGUUGCAGGAUUCAACAAUCUUUAUGCUAUGGAAAUCGAUCCAAAUGUUGGUGUUGGUGAACUUCCAGAUGAAUAUUUUGAUGAUCAUGGCACGGAUGCAUUCAGCAUCGGUCGCUCCAUGAUGCAAGAUAUGAUGCAAGCACUUCCUGGGAUCGACGAGGCCAUGAGUUACUCGGAGGUUAUGAAAUUGGUGAAAAGUAUGAACUUUUCAGUUGUCGUGUUUGAUACGGCUCCCACGGGGCACACAUUGAGGCUGCUCUCCUUCCCGGCCGUCGUUGAAAAGGGAUUGGGAAAAAUCCUUCGUCUCAAAAAUCAUAUCAGCCCGUUUGUUUCACAGGUGACCAAUAUGCUGGGGAUGUCAGAUGUGAAUGCAGAUGACAUGACUCGAAAGUUGGAAGAGAUCCUUCCUGUCAUCCGGCAAGUUAAUGAACAGUUCAAGAACCCCGAGCAAACAACAUUCAUAUGUGUGUGCAUAGCUGAGUUUCUCUCAUUGUAUGAAACAGAGAGAUUGGUCCAAGAGCUCACAAAAUCAGGGAUAGACACGCAUAACGUUGUUGUCAAUCAGUUGCUGAUGACGGCCGGCAACCAACUCCCGUGCAAGAUGUGCGAGGCUAGGUUCAAGAUUCAAAAUAAAUACCUCGGGCAGAUAGAAGAUCUAUACGAAGACUUCCAUAUAACUCGUCUGCCACUGAUGGAACAUGAAGUAAGGGGGUCCAAUCAAAUUCAGAAGUUUUCAAAAUUCCUAACUCAACCUUUCAAUCCGUCAAUCGAUCGAUUAUCUCUGGUCAGUGAGCGGUCCACCCCGAUGGUGUGAGGUGUCGAGGUAACUUGAUAACAUUCAUCUACCGAUCGUUAAAUUAAUGUUUGGACGUCAGAACAUGUCUUUGAGGAUAAAUGUUAUUUAUAUAUGUUGGCUAACUUACCAUCCAAUCCAAAUGUGACAUGCACGUUUUUUUUGUUAAAACUAUGAAUAAAUUUGUAUUAAUUCGAAUUUUGCCACUGAGAAA